AUGAAGUUUAGAAACACCGCGGUGGCCUUGUUAGCCGUAGCCUGCCCAGGCCUCGUGGGGGCGAAGGGACUACGCAAGCUUGACUCAAAGCGACUUCAAGCCGACAUUAAGACUACAAAUCUCAUGGGCAAUUUGGAGGCCUUCAAUGAGAUCGCUCUAGACAACGGAGGGAACCGUGCUUUUGGAUUGCCCGGAUACGCCGCAUCGGUCGACUAUAUCUGGAAGCGUAUUUCGAAAGUCAAAGGCGCCAAGAUCUGGAAGCAGGACGUUCCUGCCUUGUUUGCCUUCGUCAACUCUAUCCAGCUCACGGUGGACGAUGCGCCCAUCUACGUCUAUGGAUUGACGUAUUCGCCAUCGACCAGUGAAGAAGGCAUCACCGCUGAGAUUGUUCUUGGUCCUGAAGGCGCCGCUGGAUGUGAUGCCUCGUCUUACGAUGGUCUUGACGUCGACGGCAAAAUCGUUCUAGUCCAGCGUUUUCGUUGUCCUACUGGAGGCACCCUUGCUGGGCGAGUGAUUCCUGCCGCCGCCGCUGGUGCCUCUGCGGUCAUAAUCUAUCAUGACCUCACUACCAACGUUACUGCUGGCUCACUCAGCGCACCUGACCCUGAGAAACAUGUUCCUGCAGGCUUCAUCACUCUUGCCGAUGGCCUCAAGAUUAAAGCACGACUAGAAGCCGGCGAAACUGCCACGGCUCAUUUUCAACAAUCGCAGACCAUAGAGACGCGGAUUACUCAAAACGUGUUUGCAGAGACCACAGGUGGUGAUCCUCGGAAUGUUAUUAUGCUUGGAGCACAUCUCGACAGCGUCCAGGCAGGUCCUGGAAUCAAUGAUGAUGGAUCCGGGAGUUCAUUGAUUCUUGAACUUUUCCUUGCCUUGUCCAAGUACAAAACGAAGAACACGAUUCGGUUUGCUUGGUGGGGCGCGGAAGAAAAUGGCUUGCUGGGAAGCAGAUACUAUUGCUCAAAUCUCGAUGCAGCCAAAGUCAACGAUUUGCUCGUUUAUCUCAACUACGACAUGGUGGCAAAAGGCUUUUUUGGUGUUGCUGACACCGAUGGAAGCACAUACGGUGUCAAGGCUCCAUCUGGUUCUGAAGUCGUCGAGAAACUCUUUGUCAAUUAUUUCACCAGCAAAGGCCUAGAGGUCACCCCCGCUUCCCUCACAAAUGGCAGCGACUAUGCUCCAUUCUGGCAAAUCCUCAAUAAGCCAUUUGGAUUCUUGCACACCGGUAUGGCUGCUAUUGACUUUCUUCAUCUAUUUUCUAUUUCGUCUAACUCCAUCUUAGGCACCGCUGUCGAGCAGGACCCCUGCUAUCACCAGGCUUGCGACACCAUCGAGAACCCGGACCCAAAGACUCUGACUAUUAAUGCCAAGGCCGCUGCCCAUAUUCUUACCGUUCUUGACCAGAAGGGAACGAAGUUGAUCCCCAAGCAGAAAGUCACUGAUGCCUCGCUCAAAGUCCGACGAAAGCGAGAUGUCGGUCCAGACUUGGGGCAAAUUCCUAAUCUGGAGGCAAUGGGUAUCAGACACCUAGGGUGUGGCUUACAUGAUGUCUAA